UUGGCAUUUAAAAAUGGCGAAAUCAAUAGGUAUAUUUACCAUUUCUGUUCUACAGUGUACGUAUAUGUAUGCUCACCAAUUUUAAGCAUAAAGGUUAGUGUAGGACGAUCAACAAUUCAUAGGUGUACCUUUAACUACCUACUACGGUCGACUGGAUUUAUUUACCAAGUUUAAAUCAUGUUUGGGUAAACCAUGCAAGGAAACUUAAUCGAUUACAAGAAAUGGCGUCCAAAACAUGUGUGGGGAAAAAUCAUUCCGACAAAAGAAAAGCUGUUUUAUCAUGUGGUACUUGUAACAUAGAUAUUUGUGGAGAAUGUGCUGUAUCGAAAGAGCAUAGAGACCAUUCAAAUUUCUUCCAAAGUCUUAAAAAUCAAGAAAAGCAUGGUGGUGAGGACGAAAUAAAACAGUGCGCGGCGGAGGCAAGGAGUCAACUCCAACGAAAAAUUGCUGAGUUAGAAGAACUAAAAAAAUCAAGGCAUGAAGAAUUAUCAGAUUUGAGAAAAACAGUCAACGAUCGCUUUGAACAGAUUGAAAGAAGACUAAUGGAUGAAAAACAGCUGUUAGAUCAAGGUUUGAAUACUGAAGAAAGCCUCGAUAUUGCUAGCGUAGAUACUCGUGUUGCUAAAUUAACCAAAAGGAAAGAUAAUAUAGAAUCAUUGCUGUCAAAUCUAAAGGCUGAAAAAAAUACGAAAAGUGUUGCAAAAUUGGAAGCUGAUCUCGAGGUGGAAGUAGAUGCAGCAAGAAAUGACGAGAAAGGAUGCGUUAAAUUCCGCCAACUCUCCCUUAGUGAAGAAAACAAAGAAAUCAUUCUAGGGCGUCUACUGUUUGACGACAUUCCUAGUUCUUCAUCAGACUUUGAAGGAUUCUUGCUUCCCGAACCUCAAGUAAUGUCAAAAUUUCAAAUCCGUUUGGGCAAAAUUGAAACAAUAUGCCCGAUCAAUGAAUCUGAGGUUUGGAUUGGUUAUUCCAGAACAGAUAAAAUAUAUCGUCUGGAAGAAAAAGAUGGCUAUCUUCGAAAAAAAGGCCGUUACAGGUUGACAGAGUUUCAACCUAUAAACAUCUCGGUUCUGUCUUCUGGUGAUCUUAUUUUCUCUUGCGCCGGUCAAAAUAUGAUAACGACCAUGAAUAAUAUGCAGGAAGCCUCGCUUUACAUCGAUACCUAUCACCUGAUUCCAUUGGGUAUGUACGUGAAUGAAAAAGACGAGAUUUAUGUGUGUUUACUGAGUGAUUACACCUACACUGUAAAUGAAGCUAGCAUUCGACAAGUUGUCAAGUAUUCAGCGGAUAGGGAGAGAGCCAUGGUUAUUGAAAAGGACAAGCACAAAAAACGAUACUUCACAAUGCCACAAAGCGUCAUCGAAAAUGUAAACAGAGAUAUCUGCGUUGUUGAUAUCAAUGGUAGUCAUGAUGGUCGAUUGUUAGUCUUUGACAGAAAUGGCGAGAAAAGAUUUGAAUACAAUGGACAACAAAUGACAGAGUCACCUCGAUGUGAUCUCAGUGCUGUUACGAAUGACAGCAAAGGGAACAUAUUGAUAUCGGAUGAGUACUUCAGUAGGAUACACUUGUUAACCAAAGAUGGCUGCUUCCUUGGAUUGCUCGAGAUAGGAAAAAUAAACGAUAUUUUCCGCCCGUUUGCAAUUCAGUGUGAUUCAAAGGAUGCGAUUUGGAUCGGAUGCAAAUGUUCCGAGAAAGACGACGCUUCACAACUAGUUCAUAUGAGCUGUGCUCUUCCAGACUGAAUACUAGCAUAUUGAAUGUUCUGGUUGAGUACCAAAUAUUGUCACUUUUCCCACAUUUUCUAACUAUUUCUUCUAUCUUAAACAGCAAACUGUGUCAUAAUAUAUCACAACAAAGGUGACUAACGUUGAUGACCAUAAAGAAUUCAAAUGGUGUACAUUCUCAAGAAUCGUAGAAUUUGGGAAUUUGGUGAUUGAAUGUGAUUACUAAUUAUCGCCACUUCUUUUUGAUUGAAAAACAUUCUCCAAGUCAUUGUUAACAAUGUACAAUUUGCUAUUAAGUACUCUUGCCCUCUACUUUCAAUUUCACUGUACAAAGCUGUAAAUUUCCCACGUUUUUGCUCAGUAGUGAAGCGUUUGCUUUGUGAGUGGGAGGUCGUAAGUUCUAACCCCGCUUGUACCAUGGCUGUGUUAAACCUCGGUAGUGAUUGUUCCUUCGCAAAACGCUCGGCAACCAACAACGGAGGUCCCGUGCCGUGGCAGACGUUAGCACUUUAAAGAACCCCCACUGCUACGACCCUGAACGCUAAGCAUAGAUCUAAAUCUGUGGUACUUCACCUACAGUUGGUGAAGUUUCAAUAUUUAAAAAAACAUUCUCGAAGGGACGUUAAACAACCAACCAUACAAACAAAACACUACGGUUUUGAUGCUUCGGUUUUUCUAACUUUCGACAGUAACAUAUAUGUUCGAGCAAGGACUUAUUUUGUCAGACUCCCAUGGUUCACAAUGUAUAUUCAUUUUAAGUUAAUUGUACAAAAUGAAGUCAACAUAUGAUUUCUCUUGACAGAAAUUAAACAUACAGACUACCAAUGUAAAAGUAAAGUGUACAUGUAACAUUUCGCGCGGAAUAGGCUGGGUGGUGGAAAUAAGCAUCUAGUGAUAAUUGAUAGUCAGCCGUAAUAAGCUAUAAAAUCUCUUUUCAAACAUAUUCUUAAAUGCAUUCAACGAAAUAUAUGCGUGGUGAGGUCUAAUCACAGAGAUUAUUCACCUUGAAUUUAUUCUUGACAUUAUUCACCUUGCAUUUAUUCUUGACAUUAUUUACCUUGUAUUAACUUAACUGCCACAGACACAUACAUAUUCUUUCUGUCUGCAACAAACGGUUCUUUUAUACCCCUGUGCCUUAAUAUGCUUCUGUUGAUACGGCCUUUGACGACAUAACCGAACGCACCGCUUCCUAACAUGCGGCCGAUGCGCACGCAGUCAUGUGGUAUCUCCCAUUUGUCUGCAACAACUGUUAGAGUAGUUCUGAAAAAGAAUUUUGACAUCUUGACAAUGAUGAUUUUAAAUAAGGCAUUGAAAAUAACUCGUGAAAAGAAAAAGGUAGACCGUAACGCUCACCUCAGCGUAAGUUUAUAUACUAAAAGUGGAAAAUGGGGCUACUUGCUUAGGAAUUGAAUCUACACUAACUACAUUGUAUAAAUGGAUUAUUUGACAAAUUGUACAUCAAUCUCUGUGGUUUUCAAGAAAGGGUCUAUAGUUUUCCUAUACAUCUUUACAUCAAAUUACAUAUAACCUCCUACUUUACCAACCCUAUCCACAGGGGGUAGGGUAUGGUUCAACCAAGUUUGAAUUUCCAGUCUCUCAAAUCGUGUCAGUGUGGUUUCAGAAAAGAAGACUUUAGAUAAACUACAUGUACAUUAUAUGAGAAUACUUGCAUAUCAGUUUGACAUACUGUGCCUUUGUCAUUCUUGAGAAGACUUUUCUGUGUUUGACUUUGAAGUUUUAUCCCCACCCAGUCGUGGAUGUCAUGUUUGAACAAACUCAAACAUGCAUCAGAAGGAGUUUUAGAUACUUUGACCGACUGUACACAUGUGGUUCUGGAGAAGAAUGUAAAACGUUACCAAUAUUAACGAUUGACCAAAAAAAUUAAUCAGAAAACCUAGUGAGGAAGUAGCUGAUAUUAAAUUUUGUUAUUUCUUAAUUUGUGGAUGAUUAUUUUUACGUGUUACCACCUGUAAUUAUCAUGAUUCUAUUUUCAAUGAGAGGGGAAAUUUGUUUAUUUCAUGAGAUAAAAAUAUAUUUCAUGUU